CAUAGACCCUGUCUCUGUUGAUCAGAUCAGACCCGUCACAAGAGCUCCUGUUUCUCUAUGAAGAAGUGGUGGCUACGAUUUCUCUACAGUUUAAUGUAGACGAUAAAGUUCCUUUGUUUAUAUUUCCCGUUGAGUCCAUUCUCAGUUGAUUUCUUGGUUUUUAAUUGGGUCCCAAGUCGAAGCUCCGUCUUUCUUCCACAUUCUGCAUCAACUGGUUGUCUAACUGCAUAUAUAAUCAAUGGUAUUGUUUUGGAAUUGGAAUUCUCAUUAUGCUGGGUAGAUUUCAACGAUUCAGAAGUUAGCAUAGCCGAUGAACUCUCAAGAUCUUAUCAGUUCUCUCUUAGCCUACUCAACUCCAUUAUGGGCAAGUUUGGUUGGAGUUGCUUUUGUGAUUCUAACACUUGCCUUGUCAUUUUACCUUUUGUUUGAGCACCUUUCGGCAUACAAGAAUCCUGAGGAACAAAAGUUUUUAAUUGGGGUUAUCUUAAUGGUUCCUUGUUACUCCGUAGAAUCGUUUGCAUCGCUGGUGAAUCCCUCGAUAAGUGUGGAUGUUGCGAUACUAAGGGAUUGCUAUGAAUCAUUUGCUAUGUAUUGCUUUGGAAGAUAUCUUGUUGCUUGCUUGGGUGGAGAGCAAAGAACUAUCGAAUUUAUGGAAAGACAAGGACGUGCAAGUUCUAAGACUCCCCUUCUAGAACAUGUUUCUGACAGGGGAGUUGUAAAGCAUCCUUUUCCAAUGAACUUCAUCUUGAAGCCAUGGAAGCUUGGUCAGUGGUUUUAUCAAGUUGUCAAGUUUGGUAUUGUUCAAUAUAUGCUUAUCAAGUCUCUGAGUGCAGUAUUAGCAGUGGUUCUUGAAGCCUUUGGUGUAUAUUGUGAAGGGGAGUUUAAAUGGGGAUGUGGGUAUCCUUACAUGGCCGUGGUUCUAAAUUUCAGCCAAUCAUGGGCUUUGUACUGUUUAGUUCAGUUUUACACUGCCACAAAGGAUGAAUUGGCACAUAUAAAACCAUUGUACAAGUUCCUGACAUUUAAAUCAAUUGUGUUUUUGACUUGGUGGCAAGGAGUGGCAAUUGCUCUUCUCUACUCCCUUGGGUUGUUCAAAAGUCCUAUAGCUCAAGGGUUGCAACUUAAGUCAAGUGUCCAGGACUUCAUCAUUUGUAUGGAGAUGUUCAUUGCUUCUGUUGUUCAUCUUUAUGUGUUCCCUUCAAAGCCUUAUGAGCUGAUGGGUGACCGCAUUCCUGGAAGUGUUUCAGUUCUUGGAGAUUAUGCAUCUGUUGAUUGCCCUCUAGAUCCAGAUGAAGUUAGAGAUAGUGAAAGACCCACUAAGUUACGGCUCCCUCAGCCUGACAUUGAUGUCAAGAGUGGAAUGACCAUCAAAGAAAGUGUUCGGGAUGUUGUUGUUGGCGGUAGUGGUUAUAUUGUGAAAGAUGUGAAGUUUACUGUUAACCAAGCAGUGGAGCCUGUGGAAAAGGGAAUUACAAAGUUCAAUGAGAAAUUGCAUAAGAUCUCUCAAAACAUAAAGAGACAUGACAAAGAUAAGAAAAGAACAAAGGAUGACAGUUGCAUAGCCACAUCUUCAUCCACCCGGAGGGUGAUUCGUGGGAUAGAUGAUCCCCUCUUAAAUGGGAGCUUUAGUGACAGUGGAGUAGCCAAGGGAAAGAAGCACCGCCGUAAAUCAGGGUAUACCAGUGGAGAGAGUGGGGGAGAAAGCAGUGAUCAAAGCUAUGGUGGGUAUCAGAUCAGGGGACGCCGAUGGGUUACAAAAGAUUAGCAAUUUAACAGACUAGAGGUUGAAAUACAAAUUGCGCAUACGAUGAUCCAAGUUGCACAGGCAAUGAUUUGAAGUUUUUGGACCGGCUUUUGGUCUACAUUUGUAAGAAUACCUUACCGCGUCAAAGAGAUUCGAAGGUUUUUGGUUCAGGUUUUUCUUCCUGUGAAAAGUUUCUCGAGUGUUGGUAUUAGAUAGGUUGAUCUUCAGAAAUACUGUAUAGAGUUUCUAUAAACUUUUUUGGCUCCAAAAACCCAUUGGAUUAUGCUGUGCCUGAUUGGGACAUUUUAGUCCUUUACUUCAUAGAAGUUCAUACGCAAGUUAUUUGUAAGCUGUAUUGGCUACUGAAUUAUACAUUGUUGUCUGAUGGGAAAUUCUCUCAUUUUAUUGUACACAUUGAAAAUGAAUUUGAGGCAUUGCCUUCCAUGGCAUUACAGAAAAUUAUCUAAGCUGAUUCCAAGUGAA